AUGGAGACCACAUACAUCAGGUGGGAUGAUCAAGACUCGUUGAGGAGGGAAUUCAAGAUGUUAGCUGGUAGAGUUAGGGUAUUAGAGCAGGGGAGAGAUUACGACGAGAUAAGGAUUCUCCAUGCCUAUGAUCAUCUGGAGGAGAUUCAUUCUAUAGUACAGUACCAGCAGAUCGCGAUUGAGAGUCUCAAGCAGCGAGUGAGAGAGAUAGAGUUAAGGUUGUUGGUAUCUGAGAUAGGAACGACCACUAUAGAGGUCAUGAUUGGUUUCCUCCAACAUCAGUUAGCUCAGAUAGUGGCCUAG